CAUCAAAAUAUACAAAAAAUACAACUCGUGUUGUUGUUGUUCGAAGCUUUGAUUUAAAAAAAGGAACACUAUGGCGUACAGAGGUAAAAUAUGUAGCUUGUUUGGAAGAACUUGGAUUUCAACGAGACAAAUAGCAAAAAUCUUCAGCUCGACUGGUACCACAUUAGCUGUUAACCGAUUACAAGGAAUUCAAAUGACCCUAAGAACCUGUUCCUACACAGUAUCAAAUAUCAGAGGGUUGCACGUCAGUCCAUCAUGUCACAUGUUUGUCCAAACACAGGACACUCCAAAUCCUAAUAGUUUGAAAUUUAUUCCUGGAGUUCAGGUUCUUGAAACUGGAACAAUGGAUUUCCCAACUCUAACUUCAGCACAAUGUUCACCUUUAGCCAAACUGCUGUUUCGCAUUGAGGGUGUCAAAUCAGUAUUUCUUGGUCCUGAUUUCAUCACAAUCACAAAAGUGGAUGAAGAAACAGAUUGGCAAACCAUUAAAGCAGAAGUAUUUGCAACAAUAAUGGAUUUCUUCACCAGUGGACUUCCUGUAGUAAAUGAAGGAGCUACUAGUACUACAGAUACUGAUGGGAAUGAAGAAGAUGAUGAAACUGUACUAAUGAUCAAGGAACUGUUAGACAGCCGAAUCCGACCAACUGUUCAAGAAGAUGGAGGAGAUCUUGAAUUCAAAGGUUUCAAGGAUGGAAUUGUUUAUUUGAAGUUGCAGGGAUCCUGCACCAGCUGUCCAAGUUCAAUGGUCACGCUGAAAAACGGAGUUCAAAAUAUGUUGCAAUUUUAUAUACCCGAGGUUAUCGCGGUUGAACAAAUAUUAGAGGAUGAACGUGAUAUUAAAGCGAAAGAAGAAUUAGAAAAGCUUGAAAAAUCGCUCCCUAAAUGAACUUGAAGAAAGUUUUAAGGUAUCUGUUAAUAUGGAAUAAAUAGUUGAUUAUUACUAGCGUGUCUACCUACUUAAAUCAUACACUACGGUCAUAUGGAUUA